AGAGCGCGAGUGGCCGCCGCCGGCGCCGCCGGUGCCGCUGCCCGCCCCGCAGCAUGCGGGCGGCGGAGCCGGGGCUCGCAGCGCGGCUCCCCGCGCCCGGUCCCGCGCCAUGGUGACGGGCUCGGCGCUGGGAAACCGCAGCCGGGACCGAGCUGCGCCGCCGCCGGCCCCGCGCCCCUCGGUGCCGCCGCCGGGGCGGUGCGGCGGGGCGGCGGCGGCGGCGGCGGCGGCGGUGCUGGCGGGGCUGUGCGCGCUGUGCUACGGCAACUCGCUGCGGGGAGAGUUCGUGCACGACGACGUCUGGGCCAUCGUCAACAACCCCGACGUGCGGGCGGCCGCCCCCGUGGCCGCCGCUUUCACCAACGACUUCUGGGGGAAGCGGAUGGCGGAGAACACCAGCCACAAGUCCUACCGGCCCCUCUGCGUCCUCACCUUCAAGUUAAACAUCUUGCUGGCUGGAAUGAACCCCUUCUAUUUCCACGCGGUGAAUGUAAUUCUACACUGUCUGGUGACUCUCGUGCUGAUGUAUACUUGCGACAAAGCUGUGUUCAAGGACUGUCGACUUGCUUUUGUCACAGCGCUGUUCUUUGCUGUGCAUCCCAUUCACACCGAGGCUGUAACAGGUAUAGUAGGCAGAGCAGAUGUCCUUGCCUGUCUACUCUUUCUGUUGGCUUUUCUCUCCUAUAAUAGGAGUGUGGACCAGCUUUAUGUUGGGGAACAUUUCCCUCCCACUGCCUCCCCAUUCUUUUUGCUGCUUAGUUUAUUCCUUGGGACGUGUGCAAUGCUCGUGAAAGAAACUGGAGUCACUGUGUUUGGUGUGUGCUUGGUAUAUGACUUCUUUUCCCUCUCCUGCAAUGGCCUCAAACUGAGGAAUGGGGGCACCCACACAAGACCUGUCCGGCAUCCUGCAGCUUCACUCCCUGCCUCGCUGCCAGUCCAAUCCCGGGAGAAUGGGAAGCAUCGCUUUGCUCACAGGACUGCCUGGAGCUCCUGCCACCCCGAGGAGCCGCGCAGCGGUGGCCUUCCUGUACCCAGCAAAGCUAUCUGGGCUAUUCGCAGCUACCUGACUGCAAAUAACAAUGAGAAUUUCUUGUACACUGCAAGACCUUUUUUGAAGAGAGCUGCUCUGGUAAUAAGCUAUGUGAUUCUCAUUUUGUAUUUCCGUCUCUGGAUAAUGGGAGGAUCCAUGCCAAUGUUUUCAGAACAGGACAAUCCAGCUUCAUUCUCACCCCAUUUGCUGACGAGGUUUCUGACUUACUCAUACCUCCUGGCCUUCAACGCGUGGCUUCUGCUGGCACCCAUUACCCUGUGCUAUGACUGGCAAGUCGGCAGUAUUCCUCUGGUUGAGUCUGUCUGGGAUGUGAGGAACUUGGCCACUGUCUUCCUGGUGCUGGUGCUGGUGUUACUCAGCCUUCACUGCCUAGCUGAGUUCAAGAAACUGGAACACAAAGAAGUUUUGGUUGGCUUGUUGUUCCUGGUUUUCCCCUUCAUCCCAGCCAGCAACCUCUUCUUCAGGGUGGGAUUUGUGGUGGCAGAGCGAGUCCUUUACAUGCCGAGUAUGGGAUACUGCAUCCUUUUUGUCCAUGGUCUGAAAAAGCUGACUACAUGGUUAAAUAAGUGGAGAAUUACUGUUCUGACUCUCUUUGCUUUACUGCUGCUGCUGUUCUCUUGGAAGACCGUGAAACAGAAUGAAAUCUGGCUCUCCAGAGAGUCCCUGUUCAGUUCAGGGGUGAGGACUCUACCCCACAACGCCAAGGUGCACUACAACUAUGCCAACUUUCUGAAAGACCAAGGCCGUAACAUCGAAGCGAUCUACCACUACAAGACUGCUCUCAAACUGUACCCUCGUCAUGCAAGCGCUCUCAACAACCUGGGGACGUUGACCAAAGACGUGGUGGAAGCAAAGGACUACUAUAGACGGGCCCUUCAGUUAAACCCUCAGCACAAUCGAGCUCUCUUCAAUCUUGGCAACCUGCUCAAGUCCCAAGGGAAGAAGGAGGAAGCUGUAAUCUUACUGAGGGACUCCAUCAAAUAUGGCCCAGACUUCGCAGAUGCCUACUCAAGCCUGGCCUCACUGCUGGCUGAACAGGAACGGCUGAAGGAAGCAGAGGAGGUCUACAAGGCUGGCAUAGAGAAUUGUCCAGAGAGCUCUGAUCUGCACAACAACUAUGGUGUAUUCUUGGUUGAUACUGGGGCUCCCGAGAGAGCCGUGUCCCACUACAGACAGGCCAUCCACCUGAGCCCCACGCACCACGUCGCCAUGGUCAACCUGGGCAGGCUUCACCGCUCCCUGGGUCAGAACAAAGAGGCUGAGGCAUGGUACAAGCGGGCACUGAAGGUAUCCCGCAAGGCUGAAAUCCUCUCCCCGCUGGGGGCUCUGUACUACAACACGGGGCGAUACGAAGAAGCUUUGCAAGUUUACAGAGAAGCAGCAUCACUGCAGCCUUCAAACAAAGAGACCCGACUGGCUCUGGCCCAGGUGUUAGCAAUGAUGGGGCGGACAAAGGAAGCAGAGAAGAUGACAAACCAUGUACUUGAUGAAGAUGUGGAGUGUCUGGAGUGCUACCGCCUUCUGUCAGCCAUCUACAGCAAGCAGGAGCACUAUGCUAAGGCACUUGAAGCUAUAGAUAAAGCUCUUCAGCUAAAACCAAAGGAUCCAAAAAUCAUAUCAGAGCUCUUCUUCACUAAAGGAAACCAGCUGAGAGAACAGAAUCUCCUUGAUGAGGCUUUUGAGAACUAUAAACGGGCUGUGGAGCUCAACUCUGACCAAGCUCAGGCAUGGAUGAAUAUGGGAGGCAUUGAGCACAUCAAGGGAAACUACAUCACUGCCCGUGGCUACUAUGAGAAAGCUUUGCAGCUGGUACCAAACAGCAAGUUGCUGAAGGAGAAUCUGGCCAAGCUCGAUCGCUUGGAGAAGAGGUUUCAGGAAGUCCAGGAGAAAGAUCAGACAUAGCAUUCAGUCUCACCAGUGGAAAGAAACUCAUACCCCUUGGAGAAGAAUGCGGUGGAAGCCUAUUGCUCUAAGUGACACUGAAGGAAUUUUGGCAGGACUCAGCAUUAUGGAAGGCAAUUUUUGAAUGCAUGCUUACAUUUGAUCAAAUAACAGGAGGCACUCAGCUCCUGUGGGACGUGCUGGAGAACAAAUUAAAACCUUCCUUUAAUCAAGAUUUAUGUUUAGGCUGAACCCAUUUUAAUCACACCGUGAGUGGUGAGACAUAUAACUCCAAUAUCAUGGUUAUCACUGAGGAAGCCAUGGGGACAAAGCACUCAUUCAUCGAAGCAGGGGUGAAGUAGCACUUCCUGUUACUCAACACAGGCUUACCUUGUCCACAGAGGGGGUACCACCGAUGGGCUUUGUUCCAAGUACCACCAGAUCCAUCUGAGCCAGGAAGGAUGGUCCUAUAGGUCACAUAAAAAGGUUUCAAGGGGUUGAUGGUGAAGAAUAUGAGGUGGCCACUCAUACAGCUCUAAAUGUGACUUGAAGGUGAUUCUCAAGAGAGGGAAAGCAGUAUCUGAAUACCACCCUUGAAGGAUAAUUGAACAAGUGGGACAAAUGACCCUUAGAGGAAAAACCUCAGCUGAAUGUUUUAUGCAUACGAUAGUCAUUUUGUAAUAAUUCAGGUACAUUAUAUCAGUAUUGUCAAAUACCAUAUAGCUUUACCCUUUGCUCUCUCCCUGCAGGCCAAAUAAUUACACUCUGCAAAAAUGGAAGUAUUCAAAGGCAUUGAGAAACUCUAGGAUUACUUGUCUUCCUGUCCAGUCCCCAGUAAAAAAAAAAAAAAACAAUAACAAAACAAAACCAAUAAAACUGAUUGGUGUAGGAGGUAAAGUAAAGCCACAGAACUAUUAGGGAAGAUUUGGCAGGCUGGGAAGGUACUAAGGAGAAUUUUUAUGGGUGUGCAGGGACAAAGCCCAUUCAUCAUGGUGAUAACACUGACAAAACACUUUGUCAAAGUGUUCUCACCCCCUCCCCUAAGAGAUGCAGAAAAUAAGCUAUAGCUAAUCAGUCAUAAAUCUCUAUUUUUAAAUACUGAAAUGGGGAAAAAAAAAAAAGUUCUCUUCAGAAUUGGGGCUUUUAUUUUUGAGCUUUAUUUAUUUAACUUAUAGUCAAAUGAUUAAUAUAUUUUCUCUGUUUUAUAUGAAUUGGACAAUGUCAUUCACAGCUGGCCAUGUGGCUGGGCUUUGUCACUUGUAUUGUCUGAAGUCAGAAAAAUGCAGCGGCACUGAAGUGUGCUUGAAUAAUUGCCCCUGAUGAUAAUUCUAAAGUAAAUGACUGUGGAGCACAUUGGGCCAAACUUCAUCACAGUAACAGCACUGCUGCUCGUUCUGUUUGUACCAGUUUAGAGGAAGCAUGAAUGGUUGGUGGUGUUGUGCUUGGUGGUCCUGCCUUUGGAUUUAGGCAUUAGGGUAGGUCACCAAUUUGUUCUACUUGCUGCAGAAAACUGCCCUAAAACAUGUAUUGAAGCUUGGUUGUGCCCAGUCCCUGCAGAGGAGCAGCCCGGGGUUUGGCAUUGAUGCAUGUCUUGUCAGGAAGAGCCUGUGUGGCAGUGACUCCGUAUAUUGCCCACGUUUAGUUAGUGGUGGCCAUGACAGCCCUGUGCUGGCUUCACUGGCUUCAUUUACAAAACUUGGUGUCUUGCUGCUGCUGUUGGUCAAAGUAUUGAUGAAAAGCAGCUGCAUUUGAUGCUAAGAGGGAAUCCAGAGCAGCAUAGGCAUCUGUUCUGCUAUAGUCUGGGGACCAUCUAGACCCAUGGAGAGGCUGGAGUUGUGAGGUGCCAGGCCCUGCAUCCCAGUAAGGCCAAGACCAAGGAGAUAGCCGGUGCUUGCAGUUUGGCAGAGGCCAGCUCCUCAGGCUGGGGGGAGGAGGAGGCCAUUGGUGGGAGAAAAUGCUGACCUAUUUCUGGGCUUUCUUCCUUCAAACCAGCUUUGUUAAUCCCAAGGGAGCAGCUGGGACCAAGAGUAAGCCUCUCCCUGGUGGAUUUUCCCUCCUCCUUCCAGCCUCCUUGCCUUUUGGGGAUGAGGGUGGGUUUGAGGAUGUGGGGAUGGAUCAGCAGCAGCUCUUGUCUGGUUGCACAACUUUUAUAGCCAUAGACUAGCUGACCUAACAUUUCUGCCAGUUCCCAGUGCCAGUGCUGCAGUUGAUGCCUUGCACGGAGUAGCUUUGCAAAGCCCAGUCAGUGCCAGGGGACCUACUAGCAGAAUCCUGUGGGAUGCUGGGUGGGGAAAACCAGCACACAGAUGGCCUCUGAGAGCUAUUGGUCUCCACCACACAUAGCAAAGCUGUAGAGGGUUCAUAACCAAGAUAUUCAGAGGUACCUGGACCAUACUGAGCAGCAGGGAAAAAUAGCCAGGGCCUAGCCAAGAACCACAGGCUCUUCUCAUCACGGUCAGGUAAAGUGCCCUGCCUUUCUCCAGACAUGUUCACCAAAGGGCUGGCUGACUGCUGUGCUGCUGGGGAGCAGCAAGGUUGGGGCCAGAAGGGAUGUGUCUGGUGCAGACCCUGACACGGUGCUGUGCAGAGACCCUGCUAGGAGGCUCUGACACCCAGUGAAGCAGGAAAUGGGCCAGGGGAGAUGUAUAUCAUCUAUAAAGUUUGCCUCAUAAAGACAUAUUAAAUAAAUACUAUAUAUUCUACAAGCCGCACAAUAGUGUUGCUUUAAAUUGUGUCCAAUUAAACAUAUUUUUUCAAAUAAAAAAAGAAGUUGUAUUUUUUAUAACAGUGCUUUGUGAGGGGAAUGAUUUGGUUUUUGUGUUUAUAACCUUAGCGUAAGACUUCAUUUGUCUUUCUUGAGAGACCUGAUACAAAUGUCUUGUUCUCCUAGAAUCCAGUCAAAGCCAUCUUGGCUUCCUAAAGCUGGUACACACGUGUCAGUACGAUAAAGCCUUGGGUGCCCCCUCCCAGAUCCUGGAAAAGGAUUACCAUUUUGGUAAUGCUGUCUUCCUUGCAGAAUAACUUAGAAAGAUCAGACUCUCCUUCCAGUGAGGGAGGCAGGUUGGCUGGAAGGCGUGUCGCAUGUUCAUCCAGUCUCCUGAAAGAGGCUAUAACAUAUUCAUGUAGAAUAAUCCCAGCUGAACCGGUUAUGUUUCUGUGACGAAAGAGUGUGUUUAUGGUCGUUACUGAGAGAAGGGUGGUUAAUGACCCCCAGAUUCCCGAAGCAGCACUUUAUAUCCCAUCUAUGCAGGAUGAUGGUCUGCGAGUUGGCAGAGUAUCUGGAGAGCGAUUCAGGCUAUGAGCUACCAAAGCAGUUAAACGCUCGCGAAGUUUUGAGUUGACUCCCUGUCUCAUUGGCUCCCAUGCUAAAAUGCUGUGUUUAUUCAGGACAUUAAUCUUGUAAAAGAUUUAUUGCAGGUAAAGAAGAGCAAUGGAAUAUAAUAUGAAAUGGGUUACCUCCACCAAAAGAGAAUACGAUUGUGAAAGAUAAAUAGAGCGACUUACUUUGUGAUAAACUGGGUAUUACCCAAAUUAAUCAUAGGAAAUGUCCUCUUCUUCUAGCUCUGCAUGGCUCAUAAAAUAAUGAAUUAUAAAUACAUUGUUUUCUGCCAACUGCGGUGCUCAGCGUGGUUAGCAGAGAUUACAAAUUAAUAAAUGGCUGAAACUCGACGUAGUGGAGGGGAGUUUGUUCCUUGUGUAAGUUGCGUUGGCUAAACCUCAAUGCUCACCAAUAUUAAAGUGGAGAAUUAACUCAAAGCUGGUGAGACAGCUCCUGUCUAAUGCUCACCGUGCAUUUUAAUCCUAAAUGAAAAACAUAAUUGUGUUGCUUUUUCCUUUCCCCAUGAAUAACAUUUUCAGCUGAUGGAUUUUGUUUUACUUUAUUGCUUAUUUAAGGUCCAACAUUCUUUGCUUCCAUUCCUUUUCCAUCCCCUGGGACAAAUGAUGCAAUGGAGGGGAUAUUUUAUCUCUUUCAGAGAUUGCUUGAGCUUGACUUUCCUAAAAACAUGCAGGCAACUUAUUUUGGUCCAACAGUAAGUGAAUGCAGCAGUGAGAAUAGCCUUUGUCCCAGAAGUCUCAAUGAGGAUGGAGGGCAUGUGCGUGCAAGCAGGCACGUGGGUGUAAAGGAGUCAAAGUUGAAUGAUUCAAAAUAAAGAGCCCAACUUGUAGGGGAAGCUGGACACCCCUUAAGCUGUCUAAACAAGCAUCUCAAGCUUCUCAGCAUUAUGAAACCAAGACAAACAUGGUAUACAGUAUUUGGUGAAGGAAGAUAACGGUCAUUGUAAUUCUAAUGAUUAGGCCUUCUGGAAUGUAAUUGUAUGAUUUUUUUGCCCUGUUUGCCCUCCAAACUGGUGGAGCAGUUGGCGUGUGCGUAAGUCUCCAGAAAGUAUACGUGCAUUGAAUUGACCAAGUGCUGGAUUGCUGUUAUUCAUCUAUGAGAUUAUGUGCAAUCUUUGGGAAAAUCGAGCCCCUGGAGGCUUUGUCUCCCCAACCUUCACCCUCCUGCAGCAAUUUCAAUACACACCAUUUUGCUUUCAUGUACAUUUUAAACCCAGCAGCAAAAAAAAAAAAAAAAAAAAAAAGAAAGAAAGAAAAAAAAGGAAAAAAAAUAGAGCUUGGCAUUCACUGGUGUUCCAUUGUGGCAGAGUUGCUUCGGAUAAUCUUGCUAACUUUGUGUAGAACUUCAUUGCCAUGUUCCUACAGACUUGCUGAAGUUUUUCUUCUGGCAAAUACCCGUGGUGAUGUCCUAUGUAAAACUUACAGCUUCUACAACCGUACUACUGCAGAAAUCUCUGCCCAGAGUGGACGUCACACCCUCUGCGUGCUCCUCUGUUUGGGAGUUGUUUGCGUUGGCUGUUGUUCAUACGGUUCCUAUUUCUGUAUCUGAUUUUUUAACAUCAGUUAUGCGUAUCUUUUCGAAAGAAAACAAGAGAGCAGCCCAUGGAUUAGAAGUCUUACAAAUAAAUUCACUCUCGGCAGCUGGAUGUACGUCAGCGGUACAGGAAUUUGCAAGUCUUUGCUUUUCUCGCUGUGGACGUACAGCUAGAUUUCACAUACAGGAGUUGUGCUCGAAUUUCUUUGCGAAAGAAAAUGUAUGUAAAUGUCUAUUUUAUAUAAAAAGUAAGAAAAGCGA